AUGGGGCAAAGCACCGCCUGGAAACCGCUCGCGGAGCCAGCUACCGCACGCAGCGACGACGACGCGACAGUGCGAGAUCGCCAAAUACCUCCCGCCGACACUUUGGGAGUUCCGUCACACUACAGUAGGUCUUUGGCUUCCUCACCGAUCAUCGAUGCCGCGCGCCGGUGCCCGCAAGGCCGUCUGGAUCUUUGCCUUGUACCUGGCCCGUCCAGAUCACUGGACUCUUGGGAGAUGCACAAUGGAAUCAUUCCUGUAUCCGCCUACGGAGCCCAAGAGGGAGCUAAAUCACCUAGGGCCGUGACCAGCCGAGUCAGCUAA